AUUAAGAGCGUGGGUUGCAAACUGAAAACUGCAGCUUUGUAACAGGACAGUGAAUCUGAAAGCAAAGCACCAUGAAGAUCGUGAUCGUCGUUCUUAUUGUUCUGUUCAUCAUCACACCUUCACCAGUCGAAUCAUGGUCGGGAGCUUGUGGAGCAAGACUUAUUAACAGAUUGCGAUUCAUAUGUGGCGAACGUGGUGUCUUUAAUCCUAAAACACUUCUCCUGCAAAUGAAAUACCCCGGCAGAUAUCGACACCACCGCAGAACUCGAUCAGCUACUACUAUUAAAGAAAUUAUUCAAGAAACUUCACCGUCUGUUUCAGUACUACGAGGCUUAGUUACUGUUGGUAACCAUCUGCACAACAACCGACGUCGCCUUGCAAGACGAGUUCGCCGAGAUCUUGUAACGGAGUGUUGUCGAGGUAGCUGCAACAGAAAGUGGAUUCUUCGUACAUACUGUGGCUAAGCGUAUACAAGUUGUUUGUCGUACACCGUAGCGACCAUGAUGAAGUCAAGGGCAGAGAGAAAGCAAUGAGAAAGCGAAGUGAACGUGAAGAUGCUUGCCACACAACAAACAACUAUCACUGUGACUGUCUCCAGAAAAUAUUCAGUAACAUCAAAUACGAAGCUUGCCACACACUAAAGUUCCAUAUAUUGCGUCUCGAUGUCACCACAGCCACCUACAAACCACACACGCAACAUUUCUUACCAUCAAGUCACAAGCUUGGAAAACACAGCUUUGCACAAUUAAUGUUGUAUUUUCACUGAAUAAAAAUAUCAAAAAACACCAAUGCAAGUGAAUUGAUUAACUGACACACAAUUGACCUAUUAUCGUUGUUGUUAUUACAAUCCUGCAUUCUUUACAUAAGUUCAUAAGCAAUAAAAUGAAAA